AUGAUCAGAGCAGAGAGCAGGCGGACGGCCAGAGAAAUGGUCUACCUGGAGAUGGAUCACCUGUUGGUGCUGCUGCUGCUGCUGCUGCUGCUGCUGUGGAGCUCAGAUAAUGUCAGGUUGGUGGGAGGAGCCAGUCGCUGUGCAGGAACACUGGAGGUGAAACAGGUAGAAUGGAGACCAGUGAGUGACCCUUACUCUGACUGGACCCUGAAGACAGCAGCUGUUGUCUGUAGAGAGCUGGACUGUGGCUCUGCUGUUUCUGUAGAAGAGAGAAAGGAGUCCUCAUACAGACCUGUGUGGAGGAUCAGCUCUGACUGUGUUCAGUCUAGAUCUUUUCUGAAGGAGUGUACAAGAUCAUUUUCCUCUUCCUCCAUCCUGGAUCUCACCUGUUCAGACUCUGUCAGGCUGCUGGACGGGACUAGUCUGUGCUCAGGCAGACUGGAGGUGAAGUCUAAUCAGUCUAACCAGUCUAACCAGUGGUGGUCCUCAGUGUGUGAAGCUGACUUUGACCAGCAGGAUGCAGAGGUGGUCUGUAGGGAGCUCGGCUGUGGGGCUCCUUCAGUCCUCCAGGGGGCGCUCUAUGGAGAAGUGGAGGCUCCGAUGUGGACCAAAGAGUUCCAGUGUGGAGGCCAUGAGUCUGCUCUCCUGGACUGUAGAAGCUCAGGCUCAGCUAGAAACACCUGCUCACCUGGAAAAGCUGUUGGGCUCACCUGCUCAGAGCCUGAUGAUGUCAGGUUUGUGGGAGGAGCCAGUCGCUGUGCAGGAACACUGGAGCUGAAACAUCAGGGAGAAUGGAGACCAGUGAGUUACUAUUACUCUGUCUGGACCCUGAAGACAGCAGCUGUUGCCUGUAGAGACCUGGACUGUGGCUCUGCUUUUUCUGUAGGAAAGAGAAAGGAGUCCUCAGUCAGACCUGUGUGGUCGAUCUGGUCUGACUGUGUUCAGUCUGGAUCUGUUCUGAGGGAGUGUGUAACAUCAGGUUCCUCUCCCUCCAUCCUGGAUCUCACCUGCUCAGACUCUGUCAGGCUGCUGGACGGGACUAGUCUGUGCUCAGGCAGACUGGAGGUGAAGUCUAACCAGUCUAACCAGUCUAACCAGUCUAACCAGUGGUGGUCCUCAGUGUGUGAAGCUGACUUUGACCAGCAGGAUGCAGAGGUGGUCUGUAGGCAGCUCGGCUGUGGGGCUCCUUCAGUCCUCCAGGGGGCGCUCUAUGGAGAAGUGGAGGCUCCGAUGUGGACCAAAGAGUUCCAGUGUGGAGGCCAUGAGUCUGCUCUCCUGGACUGUAGAAGCUCAGGCUCAGCUAGAAACACCUGCUCACCUGGAAAAGCUGUUGGGCUCACCUGCUCAGAGCCUGAUGAUGUCAGGUUUGUGGGAGGAGCCAGUCGCUGUGCAGGAACACUGGAGGUGAAACAUCAGAGAGAAUGGAGACCAGUGAGUUACUAUUUCUCUGUCUGGACCCUGAAUACAGCAGCUGUUGUCUGUAAAGAGCUGGACUGUGGCUCUGCUGUUUCUGUAGAAGAGAGAAAGGAGUCCUCAGACAGACCUGUGUGGUCGAUCAGGUCUGACUGUGUUCAGUCUGGAUCUGCUCUGAGGGAGUGUGUAGCAUCAUCAGAUUCCUCUCCCUCCAUCCUGGAUCUCACCUGCUCAGACUCUGUCAGGCUGCUGGACGGGACUAGUCUGUGCUCAGGCAGACUGGAGGUGAAGUCUAACCAGUCUAACCAGUCUAACCAGAGGUGGUCCUCAGUGUGUGAAGCUGACUUUGACCAGCAGGAUGCAGAGGUGGUCUGUAGGGAGCUCGGCUGUGGGGCUCCUUCAGUCCUCCAGGGGGCGCUCUAUGGAGAAGUGGAGGCUCCGAUGUGGACCAAAGAGUUCCAGUGUGGAGGCCAUGAGUCUGCUCUCCUGGACUGUAGAAGCUCAGGCUCAGCUAGAAACACCUGCUCACCUGGAAAAGCUGUUGGGCUCACCUGCUCAGAGCCUGUCAGGUUGUUGGGAGGAGCCAGUCGCUGUGCAGGAACACUGGAGGUGAAACAUCAGGGAGAAUGGAGACCAGUGAGUUACUAUUUCUCUGUCUGGACCCUGAAGACAGCAGCUGUUGCCUGUAGAGAGCUGGACUGUGGCUCUGCUUUUUCUGUAGAAGAGAGAAAGGAGUCCUCAGACAGACCUGUGUGGUGGAUCAGGUCUGACUGUGUUCAGUCUGGAUCUGCUCUGAGGGAGUGUGCAACAUCAACUUCCUCUCUCUCCAUCGUGGAUCUCACCUGCUCAGACUCUGUCAGGCUGCUGGACGGGACUAGUCUGUGCUCAGGCAGACUGGAGGUGAAGUCUAACCAGUCUAACCAGUGGUGGUCCUCAGUGUGUGAAGCUGACUUUGACCAGCAGGAUGCAGAGGUGGUCUGUAGGGAGCUUGGCUGUGGGGCUCCUUCAGUCCUCCAGGGGGCGCUCUAUGGAGAAGUGGAGGCUCCCAUGUGGACCAAAGAGUUCCAGUGUGGAGGCCAUGAGUCUGCUCUCCUGGACUGUAGAAGCUCAGGCUCAGCUAGAAACACCUGCUCACCUGGAAAAGCUGUUGGGCUCACCUGCUCAGAGCCUGUCAGGUUGGUGGGAGGAGCCAGUCGCUGUGCAGGAACACUGGAGGUGAAACAUCAGGGAGAAUGGAGACCAGUGAGUUACUAUUACUCUGUCUGGACCCUGAAGACAGCAGCUGUUGCCUGUAGAGAGCUGGACUGUGGCUCUGCUGUUUCUGUAGGAAAGAGAAAGGAGUCCUCAGACAGACCUGUGUGCUGGACCAGGUCUGACUGUGUUCAGUCUGGAUCUGCUCUGAGAGAGUGUGUAGCAUCAUCAGGUCCCUCUCCCUCCAUCCUGGAUCUCACCUGCUCAGACCUGCUGCUUCAGCCCAACAUCUCUGUGUCCUCCUCCAUGGACGGGGUCUCCGAGGCCCAGCAGCAGGGCUUUCAGGUGUCCAGGGGCUCCACCUUCACCAUCAGCUGCUCCAUCCAGCCACAGUACCCAGGAGGCUCCUUCCAGCUCGCCUUCACCUCCUCUAUCACAUCACACAACGACACCCAGCCAGCUGUCAAUCACUCUGCCCACUUCCUGUUUCCUGCUGCACAGCCCGCCCACCAAGGAAUCUACAGCUGUGUUUAUCACGUCCAUGUUUUUUCUCAUGACUUCUCCUCUGAGAGCCGUCGGCUGUCUCUCACUGUCUCAGAUCCAACAGGUCUUCUCAUCAAAGUGGUCGUCCUGCCGCUGACUCUGCUGUUGGUGAUCGCUGCUGUUUGUUUCUACCGUAAGGCCAGGCAGGAGGACAUUGAGCUGGAUUAUUAUAACCUGGGUGUUUCUGCAGCUGAAGGAGGGCCGACUGAAGAGGAAGGAGCUCAGGUAGCAGAGUAG